CUCGAAGGCGAGUUUUGGCGGCUGGUGGAGAGCCCGUGCGGACGGUCCGUGGAGGUGAUUUACGGCGCCGACAUCGCCACCGCGGAGGUUGGCAGCGGAUUCACCUCGAAAACGGACGAGUGCGCGGACAACCCGGGGCAGAAGAAGUACGCGACGUCGCCGUGGAACGUGUGCAACAUGCCGUACAACCCGUCCUCGUGUUUAAAGCACGUCGAGGCGACCACUGGGAUCACCGUGCCGUGGCUCUACUUUGGCAUGACGCUCAGCACGUUUUGUUGGCACGUCGAAGAUCAUCACUUCUACAGCGUGAAUUACCACCACUUCGGCGACCCGAAGGUGUGGUACAGCAUCCCGGCGUCGUACAGCGCGAAGUUCGAGGAAGUCAUGCGACGGCGUUUGCCGCACCUGUUCGAAGCGCAGCCGGAUUUGCUUCACUCGCUCGUGACGAUCCUCUCCCCGAAGGUUUUACGCGACGAGGGCAUUCCCGUGUACCGAGCGGAGCAGCAUCCGCGGUCGUACAUCAUCACGUUCCCGUACGCGUACCACGCCGGAUUCAACACCGGCUUCAACUGCGCGGAGGCGGUUAACUUCGCCCCCGUCGAUUGGCUCCCGUUCGGCGCGGUCGCGACGGAGCAGUACGCGCGGGAUAAGCGGUACCAGUCCGUGGCGCACGACCAGCUGUUGGCGACGUUGUGCGACGGCGCGGAGCACCCGUCGCAGAGCGGCGCGUGCGCGACCAUCGCGUCCGUGAUGCGCGAGCGCGUCGAGGUGGAGAAAGCCCGGCGCGAGGCUACGUUCGUUGACGCGACCGCGACGGGGGCCGCGGAGGACGACGACGCGCCGGAUUUGUUCGAGAAGGAUUGCGCAGCGUGCCGGGCGGAUCUCCACUGGGCCGGCGUUCGGUGCGAGUGCAAGCCCAAGAGGCUGUAUUGCCUGCGGUGCGUGCGAGAGUGCAAGUGCGUCCCGGAGAAGAGCGUGAUGUUUUAUCGUCACACGAUCGAGGAGCUCGAGGGGAAGUGCGCGAGGUUGGAGGCGCUGGCG